AUGGCUAAAAUCAUGAUUACAAACAAAAUUUUUAAAACAUACUUUCUUGUUUUCUUUCUUUUCGUUUCCCUCUUUUACCAAGUUGAUGCAGGAUGUGAAGAGAUCUCUAAUAAAUUAAAAACGAAUGGUAACUGGAAUUUUGACGAUACAUUCUACUCGCUUAACGGCGGAAAUAUAAAUUUUACACUGACCGAUAUGCCCUGUGGUGCAUCAAUUCUUUUUAUUCAAGUUAUUCCCCAAAAUGGAGGAUUGAACGAGUUUGACGUACGCAACUUUACAAAAGAUGAUGUUAAAGUUGAAAAAAUCAUCGGUAAGGACGUUAUUGCUAAGGACCAACAUCAAUUCCGUAUACAAGCUAGGGCUGAUAACUUAAAUUGCCCUGAUCCCCAAUUUAAGGGAAAUCUUUGCUAUAUUAAUUAUUCUGAAUCUCCUGACGCUGCAAAAGCAAAAGCUAUAAGUAUUGGUGUGCCAAUUGCAACCGCGAUUAUUGGAUUAAUAGGGGGUGUAGGGGGAGUAUUACUUAAACAAUAUUUUGAUAAUAAGCAAAAUAAUUCUUCCCAACCUUGA